AGGAACAAGAAGUAUCCAACAAAACAUAAAAGUUAAGAAAAUGUCUGCAAAACGUGUCUUCGAGAAGUUUGAUAAGAACAAAGAUGGUAAACUCACAUUAGACGAGUUUCGUGAAGCGGCUCUUGCUUUCUCUCCAAACUUUACUCAGGAUGAUAUCGUAAAGUUUUUCGAAGAGAUCGACGUGGACGGUAACGGCGAGCUAAACGCCGACGAGUUUACUUCGUGCAUUGAGAAGAUGUUGAUGGAAGUGUUUGUUUUUUGUGAUGUUGACGGUGACGGGAAGAUACCGGCCAGUGAGUCCUAUGUGACUAUGACUAGCCUCGGGAAGAAAUGCACCGAGGAGACUUGUGCCGAAAAGGUCCGAGCGGCGGAUGUCGAUGGUGAUGGCUAUUUAAACUUUGACGAGUUUAUGGCUUUGGUUAUUGGUGACAUAUAAAUUGCUUGUUUACUUAGUGUGUUUUUUCACUUAUACAUUGUUAUAUAGAUAAUAAAGGUUUAUUCAUGUU